CAGUGGUAUUCGCGACACCACCUGAGAAACAUUGGUUUUAACUUGGCGAAGAAGUAGUGAAUACGUUCGCUGGGCGGUCGCAGCGCCAGAGUAACUAAAGUAUGAACACUUACUCUCUUUUGUAACUUUUUUCCUGGUAACAUCAACGCACGUACUUAGUUCACCAAAGUGAUCAUACUACGCCAAUCGGCUGGGCACCGUCUUUAAAGCGAUUUAAUUUGAAUCUCUGGUCAAAUCUGAAUUGCGCAAUUGUACAUGAACUACGGGUUUUGACUGUCCGUGAAGAAAUUUUUCGGUGAAAAUUUCAUUGCAGUGUGAUCGAUCGUGUUACGCGAAAAAUAAAGAUCAACUAUCAAUCGACCGAAACGACUGGAAUAUAAAUAAAUCAUUUUAAAGUGAGCAAUUUUAAUAUUUUUUGCCAAUUGGAAUAAGCAUAAUAUAAAGAUAUAGCAAAAAGUGAUAGUGAUCUUGAUUUUUAUUCAUAUUAACAAAUAAUUAAUCUUUGUUUUAAGUGCUAUCAAAAUUUCUUUGGAUUAUUUCGGAAUAGAUCUCAGCCUCAAAUAAUGAAAAGGAGCAGACGAUGGCUGUUGAUAUUUACAGCGGUUGUCGUUUUAAUGGCACAUGCCGGCGCCUUGAGGCCCCCCUCUUUGCAGUUCAAUAGAGUUGCCACGAAACCACCGACUACAGUGUCAACAACAGAAUCAUCACCAUCUUCCUCGACAACCGAGGCAUCUGUGGAAGAAGCGCAGUCAGCAGAGGAAUCUGCUUCAAGUGCAAAUGAAACAACUAAGUCCACUUUAACUGGCAUUCCUCAAAUUGAUUACAUCUGGGAUCCAAAUCUCCCUCGAGAAUUAAAUGGAUACAAUUUAUCAGACUAUCCAUUCUUGGCGACAGUUCCUGAAAAAGAGAUCGAUUUCAAAUGUGAUGGAUUGCACGAUGGCUUCUAUGCAUCAAUUAAAUAUAAAUGCCAGAUUUACCAUCAUUGCAUUUACGGUAUCCGACACGAUUUCCUGUGCGCCAACUUCACAGCAUUUGAUCAAAGAACAUUCAUUUGCCACUUCGUUUCCGAAGUAGAUUGCAAAAAUUCCGAUAAAUACUUCUUCAGAAAUGAUGCCCUCUAUAAAGCUACGACUACUACCACAACGAGUACGACAACAACUACCACUGUUGCCCCACCGCCACAAGCUUCAUCCGGUAAAAGACCCUUCAGAAGACCAUUCAGAAGACGCCGACCAAUUGAUUAUUAUUAUGAUGAAGAAUAUGAUGAUGACUACUAUGAGGAGCGCGUGAAUAGAAGACAGAAGAAUCGUCCAAGACCUCGCCGUCCUGAAUAUGAUGAAGACUACGAGGAUGAUAUUUACGAAAAACGUCCAUAUAAUCGCGAAAGACAUCGUGGUGGAAAUAAAGAUGACCGCAGACCCGUGGAACGACCCGCAGAGAAACCUGUAGAUCGUCCGGUGGAGAGACCCGUUGAACGACCGUUAGAUCGUCCCGCUGGAAGACCUUCCGAACGACCUUCGGACCACUCUGUGGAAAGACCCGUUGAUCGCCCUCUGGAUCGUCCUAAACACCGCAAAAGGCCGGUAGACUCACGCCGCUAUAAUGAUGACGAAGACCGAUUCCCAGCACCUCGGAAACCUGCAAAACGAAGACGCCCUAUUGACAUUGAUGAUUACGAGGAUGAAGAUAAAGCUCCGGCUACCGGAGGUGGUCGCCGCUUCAACACAAACGACCGAAGGCCUCAUCACCCAAAGUCAACUGAAGAAAAUACAAAAUAUCUCGAUGAAGAAGAAGACCGUCGACCCCUGGGCGGAAGAAGGCGGAAGGGCGGUCGAAGACCCAUCAUAGAUGAUGAAGAUGAUGUUUUGGUUGAUCGUCCAUUGAGGCGUGAACCUCCUCCCGAAGAACCACCGUACAACAAUCGAAACAAGGACAAAGAAGAAAACAUUCCUCUAGUUCGACCAACUGGAUCUGGCUCGCUAUUUGAUCGACCAAGAGUUCCACCUAGAAUUGCCCCGCCUGUGCCUUUAAAUGAACGAAAGAAAUUUGAAUAUUCAACAACGAAAAAGACAACAACUGCAGCCCCAGGAUACGAGGACGAUUAUUAUGAUGAUUAUGAAGACGUAAAACCCGCUAAAAAGACGCACAAGGAUGAUAAAUAUGCCUACAGUAGUCGUGAUCGGAUUCGGGAUAGUGAUCGUGAUCGCGAUCGAAAUAGGGAUUUCGAGGAUCCUAUUGAUUUAGAAGAUCUGCCAGCAGUAAAGGAAGACCCCAAAACACGUUACGAAACUGUAGGAGGCAGUCCCGCAAGGUCUUCUGAUUAUGAAGACGUUCCAGUAAAGAGCUCUCGAUAUCGACAAACAUCAGAAAGGGGUAGUUAUAGACCACCUUCAGGACGAGACCAUGGAUUCAGAGAAGUUGAAAUUCACAAACUCGAAUCCCAAACGACAACCACAACUACGACAGUAGCUCCAAAAUUCAGUCAAAACUUGAGUUACGAGGACCUCUUAGAACCAGACCGUGACCUACAUUCGAAACGCCCCGAAUCUAGAGACAACGUGUACAGACCAGAGACUAGAGAAAACACUAACAACCGUGAGAUAUCAAGACCAAUUGUUCGUGUUAUAAAACGCCCAUUCCUUCCAUCGCGAGGUGGUAGUCCUUACUUGCCACGGGGAUUGCAGCCUGUAGGCGCUGCACAAAAACCAUUACCAACUGAGAGCACUCCAAUCGACAUGGGAUCGACAGUAUCAGCAGUGCGGCUAUUAGAGCAUGGCCCACCAAUUCUGAGGAAAAAUAAUGAUCCUGAUGACUACCCACCUCCACGGAAAGGACCAAGGACAACCCAACAACCCCAAAUUGAGCAGGAACGUGCUGCGUUAGAAAAACUUUAUGAGAGCGAAUUCGAUGUUACACUCAAUGAUGCACUCAAUCCAACUCUAAAGCCGAUCACCCGGGGUUUGCCCGAAGGCUUCCCUCAUGCGAACUCUUUCGGUGGUCGUUUCCCUCCUAUAAACAGUGCUGCCUAUACGUACCAGGACUCUCUGUUCUCCUCCACGGACUCGAAACGCGCUGCUAUUCAAUCUCCAGCUGUACAUACAAGGACUAGUCAGUCAAGGCAUGAACAAGCGUAUUAUGAUUACGACUACUAGUUCUAGUGUUUAGAGCAAUAAUAAUUAGGAAGCAUAACUAAGUUUUCUACUCUUUGUAAAUAGAUCUAAAUGUAGAGAGUACGUGCAAAGUAAAAUUGUAGCAAAUAUAAAUUUCCUUUUGAAGUUUUGUUUUCUAUUAAAAAUACUCAAAAUAUCGUGAUAGCAACGAAAUAGUUUAAACAAAUUGUUUUAUAUAUAUUUAUAUUUAUGUUCAUAAAUUAUCCUUCAAAGUAUUGGCAUUUUCUGGGAGAAUCUGAAUUUGGUUUCGCAUUUUUUUUCGUAAAUUUUACAUAAUUAUAGACAAAAUACAAUUUUCUUUUUGAUAAUCACUUCUAAAUUCAUCGCUGACCUUUUGUACUUCUUAUGCAAUAUCUUUUAUUUAAAUGAGACUUGAUAAAAUGGAAAUAAAAAUUUGAAAUACCUAUGAGUAUGU